GGUGUGCGCCCCUCCCCCGGCCCAAGGAAUGGGUGCAGUGCUGGGGCGUUGCACCCCCUGACCCCGAGGUAAAGCCUCGCUACCAGUCCCUGGGCAGAGCUGGGCGCUAGGUCCGCCUCUUAGCGCCACCAGCUCAUGCCUUGGGCAGCCAGGCACUGAGAGACAGCCGCCCCGCAGCGGCCCCCCAGGCCUCCCCGCAGCACCCCGGAAUGCAAUUCACCGGGGCGGGGGAGGCGGCGGCAGGAGCACCCGCGGCGGCGGCGGCAGCAGCACUACCCCAACCCAGAGGCGUCUAGAAAAAGGAGGAAAAUGGCUCCGAGCAGGGACCGCCUGCUGCACUUUGGGUUCAAGGCGACAAUGUUCUCAAACAGUGAUGAAGCUGUAAUCAAUAAAAAACUUCCCAAAGAACUCCUACUAAGGAUCUUUUCUUUCCUGGAUGUUGUUACCUUGUGUCGCUGUGCUCAGGUCUCCAGGGCCUGGAACGUCCUAGCUCUGGAUGGCAGUAACUGGCAACGAAUUGACCUGUUUGAUUUCCAGAGGGAUAUUGAGGGUCGGGUAGUAGAAAACAUUUCAAAACGAUGUGGAGGCUUUUUACGAAAGUUAAGUCUUCGUGGGUGUCUUGGAGUAGGAGAUAAUGCAUUAAGGACUUUUGCCCAAAAUUGUAGGAAUAUUGAAGUACUGAAUCUAAAUGGGUGUACAAAGACAACAGACGCUACCUGUACCAGCCUUAGCAAGUUCUGCUCCAAACUCAGGCACCUCGACUUGGCUUCCUGUACAUCAAUAACAAACAUGUCACUCAAAGCUCUGAGUGAGGGGUGUCCACUGUUGGAGCAGUUGAACAUUUCCUGGUGUGACCAAGUAACCAAGGAUGGCAUUCAAGCACUAGUGAGAGGCUGUGGGGGUCUCAAGGCCUUGUUCUUAAAAGGCUGCACACAGCUAGAAGAUGAAGCUCUCAAGUACAUAGGUGCACACUGCCCUGAGCUGGUGACUUUGAACUUGCAAACUUGCUUACAAAUCACAGAUGAAGGUCUCAUCACCAUAUGCAGAGGGUGUCAUAAGUUGCAGUCCCUCUGUGCCUCUGGGUGCUCCAAUAUCACAGAUGCCAUCCUGAACGCUCUAGGUCAGAACUGCCCUCGUCUUAGAAUAUUGGAAGUGGCCAGAUGUUCCCAGUUGACAGAUGUGGGCUUCACUACUCUGGCGAGGAACUGCCACGAGCUUGAGAAGAUGGACCUGGAAGAGUGCGUUCAGAUCACAGACAGCACAUUAAUCCAGCUUUCUAUACACUGUCCUCGGCUUCAAGUAUUGAGUCUCUCUCACUGUGAGCUGGUCACAGAUGACGGAAUUCGUCACCUGGGGAAUGGGGCCUGCGCCCAUGACCAGCUGGAGGUGAUUGAGCUGGACAACUGCCCUCUAAUCACCGACGCGUCCCUGGAACACUUGAAGAGCUGUCACAGCCUUGAGCGGAUAGAGCUCUAUGACUGCCAGCAAAUCACACGGGCUGGAAUCAAGAGACUCAGGACCCACUUACCCAACAUUAAAGUCCACGCCUACUUCGCACCUGUCACUCCACCCCCGUCAGUAGGGGGCAGCAGACAGCGCUUCUGCAGGUGCUGCAUCAUCCUAUGACAGUGGAGGUGGUCAGCAUUGGCGAACUGAGUAUUUAAUGAUACUGCUAGACUCACCGUGAAGUCUCCAGUGGAAGCAAUCCCAGCAUUCUGGGCAGCGUCCAGAUCCCCAGAGCCACACACACACAGGCACAUGCCCUCACCCCAUCCGCUGCAGCUCUGUGACCGUGGCGCCGAAGUUCAUACUGGCUGUAACAAGUGGAUUGGUAAAGCCUGACCAUUCCCGUUGGACAUGCCCAGAAGAAAUCUUAGGCCAUGGUAGAGGGAGGGGACAUUCCAGCAAAGCCCAGUGUUACUGCUACUGUGGUUUAUUUUAUUAAGGGGUUUCUGUGGGGAUUUUGAAUCAGUAACUGCAAUCUUCCAGGGUAAAAGGUAGCAUGGAAAAACAAUAUAUGAUGUAUCCAGGGACCAGAAAGAAAAUUCCUUUGCAUCCUAGAAAUGGUAGCUAUCCAUUGGGAGAUGCUUAUGCAACUUCUGUGCUUCCUUGUUUCCAUGCCAACAUGCUGAGCAUGCUCACAAAGAAGGCUCGUCCAUUCAUCUGAUAUUUUAGUAUUUGGCCCAGAGGUUUCCUUAGCAGCUAUAUAUUGAAAUUGCUGGGGUCCACAUACGAUCACUUUUACUUCCCUGCUCAGUUGGUCACUCUGUCACCGUGCUCUGCUCACGGCUGCACCCUGGCUGUCUCCCCGGUCGUGGUCUGCUGCUCACACUCAGUUGUUACUCCUUUGCUGUUUGUUUACAGUUUGCAUUUUGGAUGAUUAGUUGGGGUUACCAAACAUUUUUAAAAGAAACAUCAAUAAAUAUUUUUUUAAUCUAAAUUUUACUAUUAGGGGACCUGCCUGAAUCUUUGCCAGUCUAGAAGGAAACUCUUCUAACAAGAGCAGGGAAGUUAGGCUAAGAAAAGAGUUGAACUGUUUUGAUGAAAGGAAACUUGGCCUUUUGGUUUCUGUUGUAUCUUUGCACGGUGUGCUCAGUGUGCCCUGCACAUUUCCCUCUCCCAAACUUGGUGAACUAAGAAAAGAGAAGUGCAUUAUUAGUGUGGAGUGGGGGACGAAUCCCCACUACCCAAGUGCAAGCACAAAUGGCCCUUGUUGUCCUACACUGACAGGAACACGGUGUGAUCUCUGCCUGUUGGCGGGCUUUACUAGAGUUACUUGCUUUGCAGCAGUGCUGGGGGGUGGGGGGCUAUGGUUAGUUUCUGGAGCCCCUCCCCUAUUUAAUCCCAUCAGGGAUACGAGAAGAGCCCUGUAACAGUCAGCUGCCUGUGUCAGUGUUAGCAGGAUUGUAUCUAAUGCUGGCACCUCAGAAGACCCAAACAUAGCAGCUAACACUCUCUCUCUUGUUGCAGCCUUCCUCUGAGUGUGGUAUGAAGGCAGCCAGAUGGGGCCAUUGGGGCAGCCAGAGAACCUCGAGAAGGGAGUAAGAGGCUCAGGGUCUAUACUGAGCCUGGGACCUGCCCCCCAUCCCAUCCCCUGAGCUGAGAAAGGGGUUUAGUAUCUGUGGCUUAUUAAGAAGAAGCCUCUUCACAAAAACUCACACAAAACGAGAGAAAUGAAGUGAGUUUCUAAAGCAUAUUUCUAAACUCCAAUGUUAAAGACCUUGUGUGAUGUUUAACAGGGUGUUGGGGGAAAGGCUUUUAGGAGGUAGAUGUGCAAGCCAGUAUGAUCCCAGGAUGUUCAAAGGACUGGUUUACUGCUAUAGGUACUGGUUCUACCAGAAUAUAUAAGAAUAAAAUCUGAUUAAUUUCUCCAUUAAUGUAGAAAACAAUCAGAUGAAAAGGUCCUAGAAUUCUAUACUACCAGAUUUAUUUAUCAUAUUAAACUUAUUUAAAAUCUUAUUUUAUUAUGUUCUUUUGAAAACUAAAUUACUUGUGGUUUUUUUUUUUUUUAUUCCUUCUCCCCCUCAUGUUCUUGCAAGAAAUUUCUUUUUUUCCUCUGAGACCAUUUGUUGUGUUGCCAAGCUGACUGGUGUUGGCACCUAGGCUCCAGUUCCCUUUCACCUCAGCUAGCAUCCUGAGUGGAUGGCGCUGCAGAGGCUCUUACAUCUGUGUACACCCCACCCCCAGAGACGAAGUCUUACUCUGUAGCCCCAGCUGACCUGGAAUUUAUGAUUGUCUUUCUGCCUCGGCCUCCCAAAUGCUAAGAGGAUAGGUGUGAGCCACCAUGUCAGAUUCAGUGCGCACACAUAGACAUACAACACGCUCCCAGGUGUAUUUAGGGUUAGAUCCCUAGGGGUCUCACGCAAAACCAAAAGAAAUUGAGGGAACAUCAGCUCUAAACUAUGUUGUUUGAUUUUUUCCCCCGCCUAAGUGCCUAACGAGUUGAUAUUAAGCCCUGAGUACUGAUGGUUUAGUAGACACAUUUGAGUUGCCCAAGUCUAAGCCACUCGGAUGCUUCUUUUUUCCCAUCAAAGUUUGAAUGAGUCUGUUACCCCCCAGUAUGUCACAGGUCUGGAAAAUGCUGUUUUUCUUAGAGUGUGUUGCCACAUGCAGGUUCGUUGGAUUUGUCUUGGUGAUCUCUGCUGUUAAGACAAAUCCCAACCUUUCUGGACAAAGAACACAAGUCAAAAGUGGGAGGUCUGUGGAUGUACAGCCCGGGCUGCAUACGGUUAGGCAGGAGACAUGUUCCUUUCUCAGGUCACAUCAGGCCCUUCAUGCUUGGAGGAAAGUAGGUUGUUUUUUCAAGUGUUGGUUUGAAUCCUACGCCAACUUGUUUCACUAAGACACAAUGGUAAGUUUCAAUCAGGUAGAAAUCCCUGACACCUGAAUAUAAAUGCUUCUUGUCUAUACAUGCAGAAUACUUCUAAGAAUUCAGUAGGGUUUUGGCUUGGUUGAUUGGGUUUGGGGUUGUUUUCAGGACCUUGGCUGGAAGCAAGGACCCUUGCCCACAGUGAGUAUAUUCUCUCACUGAGCUGUAGUCCCAGCCCUGGUAAAGCUUACCAUGAAAAUGCUCCUCUGGGAAAGCCUGCCGGAGGCUGCUAGGCUGACUCGGGAGGGAGAUGAUCUUAUCGCUGCCUGCAAUGGCUGCUGCACGCACCACUCAGCAGCCCUACUGAGGUGGUUAGCUGUUUCUUCCAGCACCCACCCUGGCCCUCUGCUUAAACCUCUUUCGUGUGAGAUAUGUCCGGUCUAGCUAAUCUUGGGAUCCCUCUUCCUGGUCAGAGCACGCUAUCAAGGACAGCUGUGAAUCCUGACGCCGUCGAGUGCAAGUGGCUCAGGUCAUUUCUUACUUGAUGGUCCUUGGUGUCUGGUUUUUGACUCUUAAGUUAAAUUUGAGGUCAAACUGAUGGUUCUAAAAGACUAAUGGGACCUAACUUCUGUCUUCCCCAGUAUUUAGUAUAUGAAAGCACACUUCUUAAUAUUUUUAAGAUGCAUUUUAUUUUCUGACCUUUACACCUUCUCUGGAUGUAAAAGUAUCCCUAGGAUAGUUUGUGGUUUCUGGUCAGAUUUCUACGAGGUUGAUUUAGCACAUGUAAGUCAAAAAUGACGUUUUAAGCAUUUCUGAGGGAAACUUGGUAGAUAACUUACCAUGUUCUUUUGGGGACAUUCUGUGCUGUUGGGAAUGUUUGUGGUAACUCAUUGUGAAUGAGUGCUGUGGGCACCGAGGUCCGGUCUGGACUGCUAAGCUGUGAAGCCCCGACAUGCACUUGAUUUUGCUCAGUUCUCUUGUAAAAUGUGUUUGGAACAUUCCUUGACCUGACAUGGCUAGGAAGUGUGAGACUGUCACUGGAAAGAGGAGAGUGACUUCCUGUCUGUCGUGUGAGCAACCUUGUCGGUAGCAGCUUUGAAACCAGAAACAUGAUUGCUCGUUGGCUAUUGAGAUGGCUCAGCAGGUGCAUGUCUUUGCUGACAGUGAAGGGGAGGCUGGCUGCUGAGAGACAGGGUUUCUCUUUGAAGUUGUCCUGAGACUUGCUCUGUAGACCAGACUGGCCUCGAGCUCACAGACAUCCACCUGCCUCUUCCUCCAGAGUGCUGGAACUAAAGGCGUGUGCGCCACCACUGCCUGGCAAUAAAUAAAAUUCUCAAAAAAAAAAAAAAAAAAGUCAGGCAGCUCAUCUAGUUGGCAUCAGUGAGAGGGCAGACAAGGAAGAGCCCUGUUGGACCUUUUCUGCCUUGUACAGAUGGGUUUCCGUCCCGGGGGUCCUGCUGAAAGGCCAGGGAUGAACCCAGCGUUGUCUGAGAAGAGCUAGAUGUUUGGUUGGAGGCCUUAAAGCAGAAACCCUUAAAUGACCUGAGGACAAAAAAUUCUAAACCAAGGAUGAGGGGGAGUAAGAAUCUCACUUCCUCACCUUUAUUUUUAUCUUAAAUUUGCAUUGGAAGAUGCAGAAAACUGAUUAUCAAUAGGGUGUGAUUAGCCCUGCUGGUUUGAGAAUAAAAUUUGGCUGUGAGUGCUGUAUCCACGUGUCCCGACUACAUCUUCGGAGAAUAGAUGUUGUUUCAGCACCAGCUGCUGCAACCCUACCUUCUUAUUCUCACCCACCAGGAACCACCACAAGAGGCAGGCGAGUUUUUCCUAUGAAGGGCUUCUGCAGCCUCCCACUCAAGCCAAGUUGACCCGUGUUGUGCGCCUCAGUUUCCGCAUCUCUGGAGGCUGUGAUCUGUGGGCGUUUAGGAAAGUCAGUAUUAGCCUCUCACUUGAGUCUGAGCGAAUCUUGGAAAUUGAAGAACGUUGCAUGUAAUAUUCAGGAGGAAAAGCUUUUGUUCCACAACUCACAUGCGGAAUGCUGGAGAGCAUCCUCUUGUCAUCCUCCAUCUCUGCCCAUGAGCGUUAGGUCUGAGAGUUGAAACUAGGAGUUUGUGGAUGAGUGUCAGCCCCUCAGCCGGCAUGGCACAUGGAACAGAAACCUAGUGGGUGACCUUCUCUGUUGUGUGUUUUUAUUUUGAAGAGUUGGCAUGCAGAAGUGGCAGGCAGGGCUCACGGGAGAGGAUUAGUCCAGAGCUGGGAUGCGCUGCCUCAGGAAGAGCAUCUGUCCUGAGCUCUGGGACCACUGCUUCUGCCCGACAUGUUCACUGUGUGCUGUCUUCAUCUCACCACUCCUUGCCCCUGGGUGGCAAGAAGGGCUUUCCUGCUGCUCUGGGCGCGAGUGUGGGACAGUGAAUACAGUCUUCACCCCAGGAGGAGAUCGGGGGACAGGAGUGUCUCCUGUCCAACCCCCAGAAUUGGAUCUAAGAUCUCCGCUCCACUAACUACCUGUGUUAGCUCGGAUCUGCCCUGAGUCGUUGCUUUUGUGUUUCCUCCCUUAGCCUAACAUUUCUCAGCCCUGAAACAUCCGUCCCCUCACUUUCGUGUCACUAGAGAAUGAGGACCUCCAAAGUCUUAGAAAAUCUACUUGAAAACAACUGGUCUGUGGUUAGCUGACUGCUCUCCCGAGAGACACAUGAUCCUCAGUACCAGACCCGUGCUGUGCUCUCUGGGUUUCCAUAGCAGGCGUGUCUCCUGUACACAGGAUCACUUCUUACCUAGUUCUGAUGACUGUUAAUCUCUAAUGAAUACAGGAAGGGGUGAGUCUGAUAUCUUUGGCCUCCCCCAACCCCUUGCCACACCCCUACACGAUGCACUUACUCCUAGAUCCUGUUGGCCUGUGUUCUGUAAGCUUUAGGCCAGCUCUUCCUCCCUGUGAUGUGACCCCCAAGAAUCGGUGAUCGCCACUUCAAAGGGUGUCUGGAAGAGGCUACAACUUGCCUUUCUCCUCAGUUCCUGUUUUAUCCACUCUGGCUGCCUCCUGUUUCCCCCAGGCAUUAUUUCCAAUUACUAUUUUCUGAUGGUUCUGCUUACCUUACCUCCCUUCCAGUGAGCCUGAGAGCACAGACCUGAGUGCUGGCCUGUGCUGCGCUCAGAGCACUGUGAGGACUGCCCCUUCCUGUCUGACUGCUCAGGGCCAGAAAUGAUGAGUACCUGGUGCUGUCUGAGGAGCUCUUCACUCCUGCACCCCUUCUUCCGCCGACUCCCUGUGCCCCAGCUGCUGGGCCUGACCUGGACAUUGUUGUACGGGAGCUGCUGCUUGCUUGUUUCUCACCAGGCCUGCGCCAACACUCAGCCACUCCCCAGGCCCCGCACAGUUCCCCAGUGGGGACUUACCAGGUUCCAUUAGCUAAAUGACUGUAUGUACAAUACUUCCAGCACCCAAGGAUGUGGGGGUGGGGAAGAUUGUUUUAAAUAAAUAAAAUCUAAGGAGGCAGUAGACGGUUCUUUUUGCUUUAAAAUCUUUGGACUAAAGAAAUGUUUUUAUAUAUAUAUAAAUAUAUAAAGUAAAUCGUUAUGUAACUAUUAUUGUUUCCUGUAUGUUCUAAUUUUGUUUUAUGAUGUAAUUAAAGGAAAUAAGCUGUGAAGA